AUCAGAAAAAUUCUGCAAGGCCACAAGGACAACGACGUUUUGUUGGAUGGGAUCAUGACGCUAUAUUAAUAAUGAAGGCAAACAAUAUUGAUUAUCAAAUAGGAUUCUGUGAGGUUGUAG